AUGAUGAACGCAGCCGCGUGCGCCGUCGUGCAGGCGGCGCAGAGAACCGCGGCCAAAAGGGUCACCGAUGGCGUCAUCAUCGAGUCGAAGAGCCGGGGAGAGGGCAGGGAACGGCCGGGAAUGGCCGACUGUCACCUCCUGAUGGGCUGAUGAAUGGACACCAUCAAUGAAUGAGCGUUUUCAUUCUUUCGCUCUUUCUGCUUUGCUCACCGUGUGCAAGUGAGUGGAUCAGAUACGUCUGGGAGUCAAAGAAUCUCCAGGUCGCGAGCUCAGGUCGCGAGCUCAAGCUCGCGGUGCGAUCGGAUCUUCCCUCCAUCGCCCUUUCCCGCGCGUGGAGCAGCCAGACAGGUGCCAUGACAGCCACCUGCCGGGACUGGACGCAUUCGUGAUUGGGAUCUUUCUGCGUGUGUGUGGUAUGCAGCAAGAUCUCUCUGAUGGGGUGCACGUCGUCGUCACAGCACGGUAUCGGUGCUGGUGGGCAUCACCGCGUGGCCGUGCCGACUGCAGAGGUAAGGGUGGUUACUCAAUGUGUGGAUGGAUCUUUCGCUUUGGCUUCAUCUUAUAUAUCUCUCUCUCCCUCUGUGUGGCUUUGUGUGUGCGCAGGAUGACAGGAACAGCGUGGCCAAGGGCCUCAGAGUCCGUUACGUCCCGCCCCACUAUGUGUAGGCUGCGCGUGAUAUGAUGAUCUGCCCGCCAUCAACGGAAACCAUGAGUCAUGUGUGUGGGCGGAUGGAUGGAUCUGGACGGAUCAAUGCAGGUACUCUCUGCUCAAUGCGCCGUCAACUGUGCCGCCAGGUCAGCCAUGCACACAGUUGAGGCGAGAGAAAGAGAGAGAGAGAGAGAGAGAGUGCACGUGGAUGUGUGUCGUCCCUGUCGUGCAGUUGUGAUCGACGCGCGAAAGGCGCUCGAUUACGGCAAAUGGCACAUACAAGGUGGGGGCGUGCACUACUACAGACACAUCCACAUGCAGUUGCCAAUGUGUGUGUGUGUGUGUGUGUGUGUGUGUUCUACAGGUGCCUACAACUGGCACAUAAGGGAGCAGCCAUUAGUGCCUGGUACGCACACCCAUCCCAUCCCACUUCACCCGCCCACACAGAGGAGCAUCCGAUCCGAGCCACGCAAAUGUGUGCACCUGUGUGUGUGCGUGUGUGCGCACAUCUGCGCUGCGCAUUGUAGGACGCUUCAUUGAGACGCUGGCAUCGACCACGGUCAUCAUUCACGGGGAGGAAACUCAGGAGAAGAACGACGAGAGGAUCACCGGCGUCGUGGUAAGAACACACACAGACAGAGAGAGAAACAACCAACCGACAUUUAACAUAUUGAUAGCUCGUUUGUUUCACUCCUGUGUGGUGUGCAGGGGCAGCUUUUGAAGUUCCUGAGGGACGACUUAGGGCCACACAGUCAAUGCAAGGCACGGAACUCCCACACACAACACAACACACACAUCGACAGUCAUCCUGGCAACCAACUGCACUGCCUGUGUGUGUGUCUGCAUGCACACAGGGGUUCGACCCAGACAGGGCACACGAGCGGUGAGCUGAGCUUGUCCACCACCGAAGUAGCCAUGGGUGCAUCCAGACAUCUGUGUGUGUGGGUGUGUGUGGGUGUGUGUGUAGGUCGCUGAUGUCGCCGUCGUGUUUGUGGAUCAUGAAAGGCGGUCUGCCGGCGGCCAAGCUCUCCUCCCCGUUCCAACUGAGAUGGGCAUUCAUGGGCAGCGAAGGUCACACAGACACACACACACACAGACAGACAGACGGACAGAGAGAUCGCACACAAAACUCACUCACAUAUGGGAAGACUUGCGAUAUGUGUGUGUCAUUAUGCGUGCAGGUCGGCUGUCCACCGGCAGCCAGAGCAGCAAGAACGCCUCCAGCGGCGUCGGCGUCAGCUCGUCUGCACCAGCAGCGCUACAAUCCGACAGCAUCCUGCCACCAAAGGGCAAAUCGGAGAUGAUCUCCGUGGUGACGAAACACACACACACACACACACAGUGUGGGUGUACAGGCAGGCAGACAGGCACAGAGAGAGAGAGAGAGGGAGAGAGAGGGAGGAUCGACAUUCGUAUUUCGUGGUGUGUGUAUGUGGGUUGGGUGUUGGUGUGUCCAGGAGCGAGGCAGCAAUGGCGUGAGGUCUCUGAAGACCUUUCACGACGAAGCGCCGGACAAGAGCGCCACACACAGUACGCACACACAAGUGCACACCACACCCACUCAUAUGGAUGGAUGGAUGGAUGGACGCAGGCAUCACGCGGCGGUCGACAGGCGCCAAGUGGAUCUACCCUGCAGAGAUCGUCCCGCCUACAAGCAGGUCCGUGUGCUACGCGUGUGAAUCAACCAUCGCACUUGAAUUUAUGAACAUGCUUUGUGUCUGUGGGUGGGCGGACAGGUCGCGCCAAUCGUUCUGUCUGUAUGUUUGCUCGGAGGCCGUCUUUAACAACAGAUGGGUACCUACCCUGUGCACACCCCCCUCCCCCCCCCACACACAGACACACGCACACACAGACGCAUGGCUACCUCUCUCUCUCUCUCUCUCUCUGUCCCUCCCUCCAUCUGUCAGACACAGUUCAGCCACUUUGUGCCCCCCAUUGGGCACAUUGUGUCGAUCAACACGAGCAGCAAGCCUUAUGCGGGCCCCAUAGCGGAACACACGCAGAGCCACUGUCUGCAGGGAGACAGGUACGCACAGAAAUGCUCGGAGAGAGAUGUGCAUGUGUGUGUGUGUGUGCAGUGCUCUGAAGGACUGUCUCUCGAUUUUGGUCAAGGCCUUGGGCGAGAAGAAAGGUAGGUGCGUGUUCCUGGAUGUGAUGGAUUCAUAUGCCUGUUGGCUGUGUGUGUGUGCGUGUGGUCAGGUGUGUUGGUGUAUGACAGUGACGGCCUCUCCGACUGCAUCGCCGUCACUGUGGCCUUCCUGGUAGGUACCCUCCCCCCCCUCCCCCCCCCCACAGACGUGUCUACAGUACAGUGACCCUCUCUCUCUCUGUAUGUGUGUGUGUGUGUGUGUGCAGCUGCUGCAUUCCUCUCUCUCCACUGCUGAUGAGGUACAGUGGUGUGCAGUGCAGCCCACACACACAUACGCUACGCGUGGCGUGGUGAAUUCUCUCUGCAUGCAGGUGUUCGGCUACCUGAAUGACAUUCGGCCGACCAUGCAGCUGACCGACACACACAUCAAGCAAAUCACGUCGGCUGCUCAACUGACUGACGAGUGCACACACACGGACACACAUCUGCCGCGGAUGUCUGUCCGUCUGUCUGUCUGUCUGUGUGUGUGUGUCGAUGCGUUCGUGUUGGCAGCGAUUGUGUGGGUCAGCGGAUCGCCGUGCCGAAGUCCAUUGACGUCAUACACACAGCCAAAUGUCCGCACUCCCGCACAGACGAAUGAAUGCACACACAGAAAUAAAUCCCCACCUGCAUGUGUGUGUGGUGCGCAUUGUGCAGUGACGAUGAUGGACCGAAUAUCCACUCAGAGCACCACGGACCCCUCACCGUCGCCGGCCGCAGCAGGAGCAGCAGUCACGCGAAGCAUCACAGACCAAAGCAGUAGGUGGGCAGGGCAGGCACUCUCUUGCAAGAAGAAAGCACCUGUAGGUAGGCCUGAGAUUGUGUUUCGUCCAUGCAUCAGGCACCACCAGCAGCAGCGUCGAGCGGCCCAUGACACCCGCAUCGCAGCCGCCACUGUCUAAGGCCAACAAGGCGGUCGUCAGGCCAUCAUUCGCAAGACCACAGGACAUCAGCCAGCAGUACUGACUGAGAUGUGAAUAUGUAUAGAUAUAUCGAUGGGUGGCCUUCUCGUUCGAACGUCGAUGCCUAUUGAUUGUUCUUUAUCGUACGCAUUAAAGGCUGACUUCUCCGUGGCGUGGCCCAUGGUGUCAGGUCUUUUUUGUGCCCGUUCGUUUCCUUACCGAGCUGCGUUCGUUGUGUCUGUGCUGGGGUUGUCCCAAUUGGCUUUGUGUGUCGUGUGUGGUGGUAAGGUAUUGUGUGUGGUGUCAUUUUUAUUCAACACACGGACAUGGCGUGUGUAUCUCGGCCAAUACGUCAGCAGCACGUAUUUUGCCUUCAGCAACUCAACGCAAGACGCUAACCCUGACAUCCAAUACCUGCAUGUCUC